GCGACAAAUAAUAACAACAACAAAGCGCUGCUAACUCCCUAUCCAAAAAAUAAAGAUAACGUCAGAUUUAUAUUCCACUACCGUCCAUCGUGUGAUUUAAUAAGACCAUGGACACUUUUGUAAAGUUUUAAAACGUUUCUGACUGAACUUAGCAGUGAUGUCCAUGUAGGAGAACGACACGAAUCAGAUUUGAGUUGUUGUGGUGGUUUUGCGGCGAGACUGUGGAUCGGGCCUGCUUCAACACUUAUACGUGAGGUGCUACAGAAGUGAAGAUGUCGAUAUUGGGUCUUAAAAAGAAACAGCCAAAGACUUUUAAAGUCAAAGUGAUCACCAUGGAUGCUGAAGUGGAGUUCAGCUGUGAGGUGAAAUGGAAAGGGAAAGAUUUGUUUGACCUGGUGUGUCGGACCAUUGGACUGAGGGAAACCUGGUUUUUCGGUCUCAGAUAUAUCGUAAAAGACACCUAUGCCUGGCUGAAGCCUGAUAAACGGGUUCUGGAUCAAGAAGUUCCAAAGGAUUCUCCCAUAACAUUUCAUUUUCUCGCCAAAUUCUUCCCCGAAAAAGUAGAGGAUGAGCUUGUUCAGGAAAUCACUCAGCAUCUCUUCUUUUUACAAGUAAAAAAGCAGAUAUUAGAUGAAGAGAUAUUUUGUUCUCCAGAGGCUUCUGUUCUUUUGGCAUCAUAUGCUGUUCAAGCUAAGUAUGGAGACUACGAUCCAAACUUUCACAAGCCAGGCUUUUUAGCUCAGGAUGAGCUCUUGCCCAAAAGAGUGCUGAUGCUGUAUCAGAUGACACCAGACAUGUGGGAAGAGAAGAUAACUGCUUGGUAUGCUGAACACAGAAACAUCACCAGGGAUGAGGCCGAGAUGGAAUAUCUCAAAAUAGCACAGGAUCUGGACAUGUAUGGAGUUAGCUACUUUUCUAUCACACAAAAUAAGCGGGACACAGAGCUCCUUCUAGGGGUUGAUGCUCAAGGUCUUCACAUUUACAGCCCCAACAACAAACUCAGCCGUAACAAAUCCUUCCCUUGGAGCGGAAUCCGCAACAUCUCAUACAGCGAGAAAGAGUUUACGAUCAAGCCGUUGGACAAGAAAAAGGAGGUUUUUAAAUUCUAUUCGUCUCAGCUCAGAGUUAACAAACUGAUCUUGCAGCUGUGUAUUGGGAAUCAUGAUCUGUUCAUGAGGAGGAGGAAGGUGGACUCCAUAGAGGUGCAACAGAUGAAGGCUCAGGCAAGAGAGGAGAAGGCUAGGAAAAAGGUUGAGCGUCAGAUUCUUGCACGGGAGAAGCAGAUGAGAGAGGAUGCCGAACGAGCAAAAGAAGAAAUGGAACGUCGUCUGUUUCAAAUACAGGACGAGGCUCGAAUGGCCAAUGAAGCUCUUCUGCGCUCUGAGGAGACGGCCGACCUUUUGGCAGAGAAAGCUCAGAUCGCGGAGGAGGAAGCUAAACUGCUGGCUCACAAAGCGGCUGAGGCGGAGCAGGAGAGGCAGAGAUUGGAGGUCACAGCCCUCAAAACUAAAGAGGAGAAGAGACUGAUGGAGCAGAAGAUGAGAGAAGCAGAACAACUGGCAGUUAAACUUGUCGAGCAGUCUGAAAGGAGACUGAAGGAAGCUGACCACCUAAAACAGGAUCUGAACGAGGCUAAAGACGCAGAAAGAAGGGCUAAACAGAAACUUCUGGAAAUCACAAAAACAACAUACCCUCUGAUAGCAGCGUAUUCCAACCCUCCGCCACCCGCUGGGCCGGAGGUUCAGGAUGUGCCUGUAGAAAUGCCCAGCUCCGCCCGAUUGGAAUUUAAAGACUCGGAUAUGAAGAGGCUUUCUAUGGAGAUUGAGAGAGAAAGGCUGGAGUACAUGGAGAAAAGCAAACAUCUUCAAGACCAGCUAAAAGAGCUGAAAUCUGAGAUUGAAUCACUAAAGUUGGAGGAGCAGCAGCAAGCUGGACUCUACAGCCUCAGGAGUUACGCCGAACCUCCUUAUAUUCCCCACAGCAAUAGAAAUUCUGCUUACAUGGCUCAGAUGGCCUUCUACGAGGAAGUGUAAAAGAAGAAUUCAUAUGGAGCAGGAGGGUCUGGAGAAACAACAAGUUUGCAGCUAUCACUGAUGCAUGCAUGUACACUAAAAGUGCAAGCACAACCUCAAAUACUGUGCCUUUAAAAAUAAUAUAUUUGUAACUAUAUUUCACAUUUUUAUGUGUUAACAUUUCAGGUUUGGUUGUGUGUACACAAGUCAUGUUUUAGCCACCAACAGUUUGGCAGGUAAAAAUGAUUCGUCUGUGAUUUUGUUCUGGGAUUGCAUGUUAAUGCAGAUGCAGAAGACAAGGGAUAUUUUUGAUGUGUUUAGUAGUGCCUUGAUAAUGAUCAAAUCAAGUUUGCAUGCCUAAUGUAAUUGUGUUAGUGGUUACCGCACUGGAAACACUAAAGCUUUCAAAUUCCUUCUAAUUUUAAGGUGCUGGAACAACUUAAAGGGAUAGUUUACCCCAAAAAUUACUUACCCUUAUGAUGUUUUAAACCUGUAUGUUGAACACAAAAGAAGGUACUCAAAAAAUUAUGGUAACCACACAGUUGACGGUACCCAUUGCAAAUACGAUGGAAGUCAAUGGGUACCGUCAAAUGUCUACUUACUAUCAUUUAUCAAAAUAUCUUCGUGGUCAACAGAAUGAAAAACAUGCAUACAGUAUAAUAUGAGGGUAAAUGACGACACAAUUUUCAUUUUUGGGUGAACUAUCACUUUAACUAGAUCCUGUUAACUGGGUCCCAUGCUUAGAAAUGCACCAAACACCAAGAUUUCAGUAAAUGUCUAUAAUAAUAAGUAUUUGCAUGUUUUGGACUUAGGAAUGUAUACUUCUAUUGAUUUGUUUUAUCCUGUUAUUUUUAAUGUGUAGGUGAUUGAUAUUUUCCAAUACACUUUAGUGCCUUUUGGAUAAGCUUGCACUAGUUUUAUCACACUAUGGGUCCUCUUCUGCUGGUGAUGUAUCAAACCUGACAAGAGUGCCAGACGUAACUUUUCUGUCUUAUGCAACAGAGGUGGAUUGAUAGCCUCUCUUUUUAUACAUGUUGUUAUUUAUCCAUUUUGGCUGACUGUUUUGGAUUUUUUUUUUACAGUGUUUAAUGUUAUAAAGAAGUGCUUUUAUUGAUUUUUUGACAGAUUUUGUUACUCAAAGCUGACACUUGGGCUUAUUUUUAGAGGUUUUUGAGCUGUAUUGACAUUUCAGUACACUACACAGAGUAGUAAACAUCUAAAUACAUUAACUGAAGUAUUGAACAUUUCAAACCUUUGUUUCUUCAUUUGGCCCUUAAAGAAGAAAAAAAAAACUCAAAUGUCUAACCUUUUUUUAACACCUCGCUUCUAAAAAGUAAAAAUUGUUUGCCAAGUACACUUCUGCACUCAAUAUCUGAAUGUUUUACAAAUGGUUUUGUGUUAGAAGUUUGUGAAAUGUUAGAAUGAGACAAAUGUGUGUUCACGUCUAAAGAGAUUUAUUGCAAAGUCUUAUAAGGUGUAGUUAGAAACAUUCCUGUGUUUUCACCAGCAUGGCUAUUUGUACACUAGCUUAAGAUGUCUUAAGUCAAACUAACUUCACGAGGCACAUGUUCAUGUUUUAAUGAAUGCCACAACCAUCUGUGACUCUCUGCCCAGUGUUGUUUUUACUCAACUGCAUUACAGUUUCUUUGUAAAGUAUGAAUUCAGUAACGUGAGCAUCUGCACGGGUGGCUUUCAGUUUAAGUUUCUAUUGGAGCACUGUAUUACUGCCUUUGUGAUUUGUGUCAUGGAUACAGAUGGUCAGUAUCAGGCACAGAUGGUUCAUAUGCAAGUGGGUAACAUAAAGCAACCUCAAAUGUGCAGUGAAUUCUAAACCAAUAUACAAAUAAAAUGCAAAGAUGACA